AUGGGCCCCUGUACCGCCUCCUCAUGCUGCUGCCAGGCCCGUAAUCUGCCAUGGGCCCCCGUACCGACUCCUCAUGCUGCUGCCAGGCCCGUAAUCUGUCAUGGGCCCCUGUACCGCCCCUCCUCAUGCUGCUGCCAGGUCCAGAGUGUGUCAUGGGUCCCUGUACGGCCUCCCAUUGCUGCUGUCUCCAUCGCCACACUCUGCCAUGUGCCACUUUCAGGUCUCCUCACACUGAUCGCCUCUCAUGCUGUGCCACUUUUCACUCCUCAUGUCUCCAUGCUGCCAGGCCCGUAAUCCUGCCUCCCAUGGGCCCCUGUACCGACUCCCGCCUCCUCAUGGGCUGCUGCCAUGCUGCUCCAGAGUGUGUCAUGGGUCCCUGUACGGCCUCCCAUUGCUGCUGUCCUCCAUCGCCACACUCUGCCAUGUGCCACUUUCAGGUCUCCUCACACUGCUGGGUGGGUUCCAUUUUGUCAUAGGGUGCUGUA